AUGUCUAAAGCGAAGAACACGGAGACGACGGACCUUCCAUCGGACCUCUUCAUGGAGAUACUAUCAUGGAUCCCUGCCAGGGCCCUCUUGAAACUCCGGUGUGCAUGCAAAUGCUGGUAUUCCAUAACGACGGACCUCGCCUUCGUCCGACUGCAUCACCAACAACAGCAACUCCUCCCUCGAGUUACUUCCGUCCUCGCAUUUCACCGACACUUUACCGACGAUGUAUCUCUCUUGUCUCGUCUGGAUGUAGUCGAUGCAACGUGGGUCGCAAGGGAUGUCGCCGUCUGGCACAGCCGCCCACUGCUGGUCGUAUCACCUCCUUGCCAUGGAUUAUUUUGCCUCUACCACGUCGACAUGGACUUCGACGUUUGCCUGUUCAACCCCACCACCCGCAAAAGCUUCUCCUUGCCGCAUAAUUUUACCAGCGUCAAUAUAAUUCUCUCAGACUUUUGCUUAGGAUAUCAUCCGGUUUCAAGACAGUACAAAGUUAUCCAUACGUUCUGCACCCGAUCGACCUCGUUGGUGAUGGAAGUACUGACUGUCGGCGGAAGUACAUGGAGGAAGGUGGAAGUGAGCAGCGCUCUCGGUAUGCUUACGAUGUUAAACAGGGGAAGACCGAGUGCAACUGGAACAAUGUAUUGGCUUGGACAAAGGAACCUCUUGGAAGACGCUAUUCUCUCUCUUGAUCUAGAAAAUGAAAGGAUCACAGAAGUUCCUUUUCCGGAUAUUGAACCCCAACAUGAGAGCGGUAACAACUCAUUGAUAGAGAUGGAAGGCACCAUUCAUUUCGCUGUCCAUUGGUUCACCAUGGUAGACUGGAUGGAUAUUUGGAUGUUGCAAGAGUCGGGUGCCCACCGAGUGUGGAUCCAUAAGUUUCAUCUCCGUCUGUGCGCAUUGCCGAGGGGAGUAGGCCAGGUGGAGAGAGUAUUACGUCCUCCUACGCCUCUUCUCAUAAACCAGGGCAAGAUUCUGAUAAGCGACUGCCGAAGAUUAGUGUCCUACGAUCUGGCGGGCAAGGGCUUCCAGCAUGAAGUGGUCUUUCAAGCUUACGAUGAUUUCUUUCCUUUUGUCAUCGUCGAAAGCCUUGAUUCAUUUUAG